AUGAAAAGAGAAGGUUUUUGCAAAAAGUGUAUCUCAGAAGAAAUAAAACCACAACAUUUGGCUUUUAUUGGGUGCGGCCAUCAAUUUUGUUAUAAGUGUAUUUUAAGAAGAUCAUUAAGUAACAAAACCUGCCCACGUUGUGAAGAACCAUUUGAUGAAAUCAUUUAUCAACCCAUUUUAAUUCAUAAAUCAAAGAUUGGGUUAUGGUUUUUAAAUUGGCUUAUUUUUGCAUUACCUUCUGCAUAUCAGUUAAGAGUUGCUGAAUCAAAAAAAAUUGAUUUUAUUGGACCAUUAGUUUCAGAUUUAAAGAUAUUAAAAUCAAAAAAUAAAAAUAAAAUAUUAAUUAAAUUAAAACAUAAGAUCAUUGGGCUUUAUAGUCAAAAGAAAAUAUGGAAUUUAUUAGAAAUUAAAUUAAAAACUAAUAGAGAUGUAAAUUUAAUUAGCUUACUAUACGAAAAGAAAAAAGAACAGCUACACAUGUUUGAUUUAGUAGAAUGUGCAUACUUUUUAGAUAAUAUAGAAGCAUUGGAGUAUUUCCUAUCAAUGAAUUUUUCAAUAUCAUCAAUUAAAUCAUUAGAAUUACUAUUAAAAUAUCGAGUAAAUAUCAUAGAACCUUAUAAUAUCAAUAUCAAUAAUAAAAAUAACAAUAAUAACACAACAGCAGCUUCAUCAUCAUCAUUCAGUUUAAACAAUAGUAAUAGUAAUAAUUAUACAACAACAGUAACAUUAGCAUUCAGUUUAAAAAAUAGUUAUAGUAAUAGUAACAAAAAUACAACAACAGCAGCACCAGAACCUACAACAUUCAGUUUAAAAAAUAGUAAUAGUAACUAUAAUUUAAAUAAUAUUAGUGAAUAUAGCAAUAUAAAUAAUAAUAGUAUCAGUUUAGCCCGAAGCGCAAGUUGUAGUAGUAUAAGCAGUUGUAAUAGUAAUGUUAUCAAUGGGAGUAGCUGUAGUAGCGGUUGCAACAAUAAAAACAAUAAUAGCUUUUUAAUUAAUAAUGGUAAUAUAACACUUCCACCACCAUCAUCAUAUAGAAAUUUAAUUAAAGAGGAAUUAAAAUCAUCACCAAUUUAUAUACUACUUUUAAAAACAUUAAAUAUUGGUAAUAUUCAAAAGGCAUUAGAUAAGUUUCAUUCAAACAGAGCUGACCACCCAAAGAUUACCUUGAAGUAA